GGAGCAUCAUUAGCCGCCUUCUACUGUUGUUUACUUACUGCCCGAAACAUCUCGUUGACCUACUCCAACCAUCUCAGUCCGCAACCAAGGAAAACAAUUGUCGCCGAACAGUACCCAGCCAACAUGAUGAGAAGAACAACUCGUCCCGCUAGACGACAGUUGCCCCUGGGCCUUGGCAUCUUGCUCUUCUUUUUAAUCCUGAUAUGCCCCCUUGCCGCGAUCCCGGCCGUCAAGGCCACCACAGUCGAACGAGGCGAGCCCAUCAUUGGCAUUGACCUUGGAACCACCUAUUCCUGUGUGGGCGUCCUGAAAGGAGGCAAGGUGGACAUAGUGGUAAACGACCAAGGAAACAGGAUAACGCCGAGUUACGUUGCCUUUGCCGAGAACGGGGAGCGUCUCGUUGGAGACGCGGCGAAGAAUCAGUACGCCAGUAAUCCUACGAAUACCAUAUUCGACAUCAAACGGUUGAUAGGUCGGAGCUUUUCGGACAAGGGUAUCCAAGCAGACAUGAAGCACAUGCCGUUCAAGGUUACUGCUGGGCAUGGUGACAAGCCACAAGUGGAAGUUGAAAUCGCAGGUGAUACUCGCCAGUUUACACCAGAGGAGAUCUCGGCCAUGGUCCUGAGCAAGAUGAAGGAUGUGGCCGAGCGGUAUCUUGGUCAAAAGGUUAAACAUGCUGUGGUCACCGUGCCCGCCUACUUCAACGACAAGCAAAGGCAAGCAACCAAGAAUGCCGGAACCAUCGCCGGGCUCAAUGUAGUCCGUGUAGUGAACGAACCGACGGCGGCCGCGCUUGCAUACGGCCUUGACAAGCUAGCAGGCGAACAUACGGUUCUCGUGUACGACCUCGGCGGGGGCACCUUCGACGUGUCCCUCCUUUCUCUCGAAGACGGCAGCUUCGAAGUUCUCGCGACAGCAGGCAACACACGGCUAGGCGGCGAAGACUUUGACAACCGAGUCAUCAGCCACCUCGCCCGGACUUUCAAGAAGAAGCAUCAGCUCGACCUGACUCAGGACCCCAAGGCCAUGGGCAAGCUGAAGCGCGAGGCCGAAAAGGCCAAGCGCACCCUCUCCUCGCAGCUCUCAACACGUAUCGAGAUCGAAAGCCUCUUCGAUGGCAUCGACUUCUCCGAAACGCUGACGCGGUCCCGGUUCGAGGAGCUGAACAUGGACCUUUUCAGGAAAACGCUGGCUCCCGUGGAGCAGGUCCUGAAAGACGCCAAGAAGGACAGGGUCGAUGUCACGGAUAUUGUGUUGGUCGGCGGAUCGACUCGCAUUCCUAGGAUCCGGGCCCUGGUCGAGGACUUCUUUGGAAAGCCGGUUAGUGGAGGAAUCAACCCUGACGAGGCGGUCGCCAUGGGCGCUGCCCUUCAAGCAGCACAUUUUAUUGAUCCUCGGAAACAGUUCGCCGACGACAUUUUGUUCGUGGACGUUAACCCCCUUACCCUCGGAAUCGAGACGGAAGGUGGAGUUAUGGCCACAUUGAUCCCGCGCAACACCCAACUCCCAACGCGUCGAUCUCAGAUCUUCUCUACCACGGUCGACAGCCAACCGUCGGUGUUGAUAAAGGUCUUUGAAGGCGAGCGUUCCAUGACAAAGGACAACAACCUCCUAGGCAAAUUCGAACUCACCGGUAUACCGCCGGCGCCGCGUGGAACGCCUCGAAUUGAAGUAUCGUUUUCUCUUGAUGUGAAUGGGAUCCUACAGGUCUCGGCCCAGGAUAAGGGCACAGGACGCAAGGAAUCCGUCACAAUCAAGAGCGAUGACGGCCGAUUGACGAAGGAGGAAAUAGCGCGCAUGAUCGCAGAGGCCGAGAAGUUCGCGGACGAGGAUAGGGAGGCGCGUGAGCGCACCGAGGCCCGGAACAGCCUUGAGAGCUACGCAUUUAGCCUCAAGAACCAGAUCGAGGACAACAAAGGACUUGGUGGGAGAAUCGACGAGGAUGAGAAAGAGAUCCUACGGGAUGCUGUCAGAGCUGCGACCGAGUGGAUUGACGAACAUGGGGCGACCGCGACAGCUGAAGACUUUGCCGAGCAGAGAGAAAGGCUGUCCGAUGUCGCCUAUCCCAUCACCAGCAAGCUCUAUAAUGGCGCAGACACGGGAGCGGCGGACAGUAACGAGUCCAGCGACUUGCACGACGAGCUCUGAUACGAAAAAGAGAGCGGACCGGACAGCACGGCCCUGGCUUGUUCAACAGCGGGGGACAUGGCCAGAAAGGAGGAAUAGCUUGGACUUGUUGUGUUGAACCUAACAUUCAUACUCCGUAUUGUGUCCUGUUUCCUUGUCUCGGCAACUCGCCAGCAAACAAGCCACGGAUGGGUCGUAUAAUGUCAAAGCAGAUAAGCUUAGCUAGUGAAAAAUCAACCGAAGACUGGUAUAAUUGUUUUAAUGAUGGCUUUAGAAUAAGUAAAC